AUGAGGAAGGAAAAAUAAGUAAAUAUUUAUCCAUUUCUUCCUCUUUUCUUCAACCCAGAAAAAAAAAAUUAACCCAAGAAUAUUCUUCUUCCCCUCUUUUUGUUCCUUUCUUGUUCAAUUUCACUGCCACCAACGAUCAAGUAAAAAACUAAGGAUCCCUAAAGGAACAGGAAAGAAGAAAAAGAAAAAUUCAACAGAGGAAGGAGGAUAAAAAGGCCUUAAAAGAAGAUGGAGGAAGCUAUGGCAGAAACUUACUGGUGUUACCAAUGCUCUCAAGUGGUUACUCCCAUCGUGGCAAUCGAGAUUAAAUGCCCAUUUUGUCAAGGUGGGUUUAUCGAACAAAUGAGCGGUGGUACAACAAGGGGCGGUGAAGACAUGGAUUCCGAUAUGGGAUCCGACCGAGCACUCUCCUUGUGGGCACCUAUCUUGUUAGGCAUGAUUGGUAAUCCCCGACGUCGUAGAAGAUUCGAUCGUAUCGACUUUGAAGAAGAGAAUAAUAACAAUGGUAAUGGUAAUGGAGAAGCUCGCAAUGAAGGAAGAACUGAUUUGGACCGAGAAUUUGAAUCCAUCAUUAGGAGGAGGAGAAGCUCUGCAACAAUUCUGCAGUUGCUUCAAGGUAUUAGAGAUGGAAUGGCAUCUGAAGUGGAGAAUUCUGAGAACGAAAGGGAGCGCGUGAUUUUGAUCAAUCCUUUCAAUCGGACUAUCAUCGUUCAUGGUUCUUAUGAUUCCAACCAGACUGACCUAAACUCAAACUCCAACCAUACAAGGUCUUUAGGCAAUCAUUUCAUGAGUCCCGGUCUAGACUUGUUGUUGCAACAUUUGGCGGAGAAUGACUCGAACCGAUACGGCACUCCGCCGGCGCAGAAAGAGGCUGUCGAAGCAUUGCCCACUGUGAAAGUCGAGGAGAUGUCGCAAUGUGCCGUGUGUUUGGAUGAUCUCGAGGCCGGCAUGGAAGCAAAAGAAAUGCCGUGUAAACAUAAGUUUCAUGGCGAGUGUAUAUUGUCAUGGUUGGAGCUUCAUAGUUCUUGUCCUGUCUGUAGAUAUCAAUUGCCUGCCGAUGAGUCGAAACUUGAUUCCGAGAGGCCGAGGGCUAAUACCGACCGAAGAGAAAUUGGAAACGAUGUUCAUGGCAUCGGUGAAGGGAGCGGGAAUGGAAGAAGGUUCACCAUCCCAUGGCCAUUCAACGGCUUGUUCUCAUCCGGAAGCGCUCCUCAAAGAGACGAGAAUUCAUCCGGAAGCGCUCUUCAAAGAGACGAGACUUAA